AUGUCGACACGGCAAGGAAGAAGGUCGUUGGGCCUGCCGCCACUGAAUCCGCAAACAUUGGAGAACAAGAAGGAGCCUGGCUUCGUUGAGCAGCAGAAAUUCGAUGAUUUCAGAAGAAGACAUAGGGAGCAGAAUAGAGAAGUCAUCAUCACCAACGUGGAGCACAAGAGACUUAUCAAAUCCCUUCAAGAUGAGAUCACUUUGCUCCAGAACGAGCUGCUUGACGUAAGGAGAGAAAAGUUGACAGUGCAAGCAAAAGUCAACAAGAUGGAGAGGGACAAUCUGAGACUGAGAACACCGGAGGUCAUGAGACUCCUUGACAUCUUGCUACAAGCGGCACCAGCUCUUGUCAACCUACGCCAAACAAUAGCAAAACUCCCCACUCCACCAACGAACACCGCCCCCUCAUUCGCCCAGCCGAUUAUGCCAUUUGUGGGCAACCCCACGGCUACUCGUCCUGCUGCCAGUGGAAAGGACAGACAAGGUUUGGGAUGUUGGGCCGAAGAAGAGGAAGGAGAUUGGGCCGAAGAAAGAAGAGUGACCUCUCGUUCUAGAGGACGACAGACCGACGUUGGCUCCAUUGCAGCCUCAAGAUCACCUCAACGCAAAGCAUACCCCCUAUCUCCCGCUCGGCGGUCUCUUUCCCCCAGUCCGAAGAAGGCUUCCGCCAUUCGAUUGCCGAUUGUACCCAAAAGACGACGAGAAAGUGGGCUGCUCCCUCCAAGACCUAGAUCACUGUCACCAGAAGCCGUGCAAACGAGGGAGGAACAGCCCCUGGAAGAGCCAGAGGAGGCUGCAGUGGAGGCGGUGGUCGCUGAAGAAGAGGGUAUAGAAGAUGAGUGGGAGGAAGGGCCUGUUGUGGAGAUGAAGCCUGAUGAGGCAUUGGCGCUGGUAGAAGAAGAAGACGAGAAUGAAGAGGACGCAGGCUUGCCGGCGAGGAAAGAGCAAGAACAAGAGAAGGAGAAGGAGAAGGAGAAAACUCCGGCCCAGGCAGGAGAGGGGGAAACAGCUGACAUUACCGUAGCAUGGGGACCGAGUCGCCUUUCAACAUCAUCAACAGAGCAUGUCGAAGCUGAAACGGCUGGUCGCAGCAGGCGCGCUCGCGGAAGUGUGGUAAGCUACAAGGAGCCAAGCUUAAACAAGAAAAUGCGCAAGCCCGAUGGUGUCCAGACAGAAGACGCAAUCAAGACACUCGGCAACCGGCAUUCUGUCACUCCCAAAAAGGCGACACCGAAGAAAGGAAAGCGAGACACACGUCGACUGUCUUCUCCUGUACCGAUGCCCGACUUCUCGGAUCGUCCGAGUGCGUCUAGCUCGGCAUCCUCUCGCAGCGCCAGCAUUUCAAGCAGCCAGGGCAUGCGGCGGAAGAGCAUGCUGCCAAAGUCCAAUAUGGGCAAAGGCAAAGCGAGGGAUGAUAAUCAGGAGAGAGUCCCAUCGAGAUCAAGAGAAGAGUUGAGUGACGAUUACCUGGACGAGUACGAGGCCGAGGCGAACAAUGACGGUGAUGACCUUCACCAGAAGUUUGGGAAGAGUCUGCAUAUUGGCAGCUCCUCUUCCAGUCAAUCUCUAGCGUCUUCAGCUCCAUCCCGGCACCCAGACUUUGAGACAUCAAAAUCACGUACUCGUCCCACUGCACAGAUAUCGUCCAUAUCUCUACAACCCGCCCCCCUCAAUCAACACUCUCCAGAUCAUCCUUCAUCAAUCAUUGCUUCUUCGGGUAUCGGGUCUCGCCCGUCAAGCGUCACCGCUAGAAGGCCGAUGAAUGCCCGAAGCUUCACGCCGACGAGUGCCACGCGUCCGAGAGAUGUGUUGGGUGAAGUGGGCGAUAAUGUGGAAGCCAAGGCGGCUAUGGCGAAGGAGGCGAAAGCUAGGGCCGUAGCAGGAAGACGAGCUAGCGCGUUACAAUGA